GGAAGUGUGUGAUGAUGGCGGCUCGCAGCCCGGAGGGGGAGCGGGUGCUGAGCCUCCCUCUGCCGCCCCCCGAGCACUGCCUGGCCGCCGCCGUGCUGCAGGGCUUCGCCGUCAUGUUAAUGUCCAUGGCCCUGUCCGACCCCAGCUGGCUGCAGGGACAGGCCGGGGGGCACAGCUUCGUGUACGGACCGGCGUAUGUACUACACCUCGGGCGGAACCUCACCGGGAGCGGGUCAGAUCACUUACUUCACCAGAGUGGAACAAAUAUCCUGAUUUUGAUGGUGACUUGUUGCUAUAUCAGUAUUUUGUUGGGUUUGGCAGCAUUCCUGCUCGAUUUUGUGGAGACCAGAAACAAGAGAGUCCUGGGAACAAACAUUACACCCAUCCUUCAUUUUACUACAGCCUUGUCAACGGCCGGAGCUGUGAGUCUGUCUUCUUACCUCUUCACAUUAAUCCUCCGAGAACUGCGACUGCUGAAAACUAAAGACAAUUUUGUCUAUUUUGGUGAUAGUUAUAUCUUUGCUAUUUGCUCUGGUUUGAUAUCGCUCAUCGCUGCUGCUGUAAGCUUAUAUUGCGCCCGGAGGUAUAGACGGAGAACAUACAUACUAAUCACCAAUGUAGAAACAGAAGAUGCCUCCACUCCUCUUUUACAAGGGGAGAAUACCUAAUCGGACAUCUGUGUGUUAAAUAUCUUAAUGGGCUGCUGAACAAAGGACCAAACGUUGGUGUUUUUUUUUUUUUUUUUUAAAGGGUUUAGUGAUUUGAAGCCAUUGUAUCUGCAAUCUGUUUCACGAUGAAACACUGCACGUACAGACUUUAACCCCUUUGCUGCAGGAGGUGUAACUCAACCUCCGGCACCAUCAUUGGGGCAUUAUUAGUCAGCUUAGAACCAGAAUUCCAAGCUGGCUAAUGUAAAAUCUGUGCAUAUCUCAUUGCACUAAAUUAUCAUUUAUUGCCUGAGAGCAAUCAACUAGUGCUCUCAGCCAACGAAUGGUCAGUGGGAUCAGCAUCCGUCUCCUGCAGCUUUGUUGAAGCCAGAUGCACGUCACAGGCCUUAGAGGACCCUAUGUGCCCUGCAGGGAUCCUGGUAAGAGGGCACACCAUUGAUAGACAUUUUGCCCCAUUACCACGAAACAAGGCCACGGUACUCUUGUCAUUGUAACUACUGUAGCGGGCUGUAGUGGUUAAUAUGCAUGAUGGUAACCCCUUGAAAUCGUUUCAUUAUUAAUAACUUUGGGGUUUAUUUUUUAGGGGGUACCUCUUCAGUAUUACCUAUUUCUUUUGUUGGUUUUACCACUGUGGUACAAUUACAACACCACUAGCCUUACUUAUCAGAGC